AUGGCUAACAGUAACUACACUGUCCAGUUCAAUGGUGUCAACAUAGUAACAACCGUAACAAACUCAUCUCUGUUUAUCGACUCUGUCCUUAACGAGUUCCGUUCUAAACGUGUUAUUGGUCUCGACAUCGAAUGGAAUUCAGCUUCACCCACCAGCAAGGUUGCAACACUUCAGUUAUGUCAUGGAAGUCGUUGCAUCAUCAUUCAGUUACUUCACUUGGAUUUUAUCCCGAACUCUUUGAAAAACUUACUUUCGGAUCGAUCAGUGAAUUUUGUUGGUGUAGGCAUCACGCAGGAUAUAACUAAGCUGGAUCGUGACUACGGUCUUAAGUGCUGGUAUGGUCAUGAGUUGGGUCCACUUGCAGACAGGGUUUACGGUACCCAGCAAUUUGGUGGCGCAGGAUUGGUUUCGCUGAUGCAACAUAUUGUGGGAGGCCGUAUUGAGAAAUCGGAAUUUGCGACCCGCUCGAACUGGGGUGUAAACAUCCUCAACACUGAUCAAAUCACAUAUGCUACCAUUGAUGCUUAUGCUUCUUUUGCAAUUGGAAACAAGCUUUUGGGUGGAAAUAACUAG